AUGCAAGAAUUGAGGAAGGAAGCUGAGCAGAAGGCCCUCGAGCGCGAAGCUGAAGCAGCAGCAGCAGCAGCAGCAGCAGCAGCAGCAGCAGCGCAUGCAAAGAAGAGGAAGCGGCAGGGGCCCGUGGAGUCCGACCCCAGCAGGCCCUGCGACGAGGCGCCUGCGGAAAGUGACGAAUGCGAAUUUCGAAUUUACGCCACGGGAACUAAAGUGCCCAAAAAUCACCUUCCGGACGAACUGGCCCUGGGCAGCCGCCUGAGCAUUUUGCGCUUCAAGCGCUCGCCGCAGAGCAGCACGGACCCGCAGCAGCAGCAGCAGCAGCAGCAGCAGCAGCAGCAGGAGCUGGAGGAGGGGCACGACAUAACAGUAACUUACACAAUUGACGGCACUGACACCUACACCAUCCCCUUCAGUGCAGCAAGGAGAUACUGCUGCCAGCGGCUGCUGUCUUAUUUGAUUCGCCGCACGACCUUCAGGACCCCCCGGGGGGGCCAAGACGCAGCAGCAGCAGCAGCAGCAGCAGACGCAGCGGGAGCCGAGGGCAGCAGCAGCAGCAGCAGCAGCGGCCACCCCGUCACCACUUGUGCUGCUGAUGAUGGAUCUGUCGAAGAGUGCGCAGCAGACAGAGCAGACCACCUGGUGGAGAAGAGCGAGGUGUAUGUACAGACAGACGAAGUAAAGAGCAGCAAACCAGCAGCAGCAGCAGCAGCAGCAGCAGCAGCAGCAGGGGACGAAGACCCGCAGUAUUCAACCAGCAGCAACGGCAACAGCAGCAGCAGCAGCAGCAGCAGCAACGGCAGCAGCACGAGCAACGAGAGCGGCAUCAGGAACAAGAACGUUAAGAAGGACGACGCAGCAGCAGCAGCAGCUGCUGCUGCUGCUGCUGUUGCUGCUGCAGGGGAAGCAGCAGCAGCAGCGCGCAGCUGCACGUCGCCUUCUCCCGCCCCCGCCGUCGUAGACGUGGCCUGA